AUGCAAGCCAUUAAAAAACAAUUAACACUACAAUUAAAGAGAAAUCAAUUGUUUUAUCAACAAAACAGAUACAUUGCAUCAUAACACCGUCAAUUUCACAAUUCCAGCUUGAAUUAGAGUGAUGAAAUUAGAAAAAUAGUAACAAGCCCCAUAUUUUAUGUCAAUGCUACUCCUCAUAUUGGGCACCUUUACACAGCUAUUUUGUGUGAUGCUAUUACCAGAUAUCAUAAAUUAAAUGGGGAAUAGGUCUUAUUUUCUACUGGUACUGAUGAACAUGGAUAAAAGGUUCAAAAAAAAGCAAUAGAAGCAGGCAUUGACCCAAAGAAGUUUUGUGAUAAAAAUUCAGAUCAAUUUAAAUCACUUUUUACCCUUGCAUAAAUAGACUAUGACAGAUUUAUUAGAACCACAGAUACUGAUCACAAAGUUGCAGUUUGGGAUUUCUGGAACAGAUUAAAAGAUAGGGGUUACAUUGUAGAAGGAGUUCAUGAGGGUUACUAUUCAGUAAAUGAUGAAUCGUUUAUUUCUGAAAAAGAUCUUAAAGCAGACUAAAGUGGAGGUUUCACAACAGAAACUGGAGAGAAACUUGAGUUUAUCUCAGAAAAAAAUUACAUCUUUGAUAUUGACUCUAGACUAAAGAAAGUUAUUGAGAGCUGGAUAAAAGAUGCAAUCAUCAAACCUGAUCAUAUUAGAAAUAAACUCUUAGACGAAUUGCAUACAAGAAAAAGCGAUAUAUCAGUAAGCAGACCAACUAGUAGAAUAAGUUGGGGCUUAAAAGUACCAAAUGACGGUUCAUAAACUAUUUAUGUCUGGCUUGAUGCUUUGGUUAACUAUCUCACCGUUUUAGGUUAUCCCCAAAACAUGAGGUAAAAUGGAAAAGAGAUAGGCGAAAUGAUUCAUGUUGUGGGGAAAGAUAUUGCUAAAUUUCAUUGCAUAUAUUGGCCAGCUUUUUUAGCAGCUGAUGAUCUACCGCUUCCAAAGAAAAUUAUAAAUCAUGGUCAUUGGUUAAAAAACAAUAUGAAAAUGUCAAAGUCUAUUGGAAAUGUAAUUGAUCCUUAUGAAAUACUAAAGUCCUAUGGCUCUAAUUCAGUUAGAUCUUACUUUUUAAGUUAAGGGCCACAAUCUAAGGAUAGAAAUUUUGAAAUGAAUGACUUGAUAGAUCAUCAUAAUUAGAUUAUCUGUGAUCAGUAUUUGAACUUACUUCAGAGAAUAUCGGGAAAGAAAAUUCUUAAAAAUAGAACAUAGCUGUAACCCUUAAAUGAUGAAUAAAUUUAAUACAUUGGAGUAUCGUUUGAGUCUAGCAUUAAUGAGCUUUCAGACUAGGUUAUUAAGCAUUUUGAAGAGUAUGAUUUUGUAUCAGCAUUCACUAUCAUUGAACAGAUUUUAUAUUUAGGUAAUCAUCUAUUAGCUGAAAAUUAGUUCUGGAAUAUCAAGGAAAAUGAAUAAAUAGAAGCAUUAUUGUUUACUACUUUUGAAAUAUUAAGAGUUUCUUCAAUUCUAUUACAGCCCUAUAUACCAUAGUUAGCAUCUGGUAUGCUCGAUGUUUAAAAUAUUUAGGAUAGAGCACUUAUUAAUGCAAAAGUUAAUCUGAAAAGAGAAAUUAACCUUAACAUGCUAGCAAAAGAGAAAGUUUAUUUGGCAAAAGUAGAACCUUAAUAGACUCAGCCAUAACAGAAGAAUAGAAAAUGA